AUGCUGGGCGAGCAGACGGAGCCUUCUGCCCCGCGCCGGGCCGCGCCUCUCUCCCGGCUGAAAGCCCUCAACCGCGAGCCCGCCCGCGGAGGCUCCGGCGCGGCCAGAGACGAACGAGCCCCCCUCUCCGGGCCCUACCGAGCGGUCCCUCCGAGCCGGGCCCGGCUCCGCCCGCCGCCGCCGCCUCCACGCCCCGGAUCGCCGCCGGCCGACCCGCAGCUCCGCGCCGCGCCAGCCCCGAGCGCCACCGCCUCCGCGCCGCCGCCUCCCGCGUCUCCCGGCGCCCUCUGCGGCUCGUAUAUAAAUCAGUGCGAGGCCCACAAUGCACCGCGAGAGGUCGGCGUACGGCCCGCCCUCCUCUCCGCCCCCGGUUCUGGACUCGCUGCGGCGGGUGGUGACUUUCAUUCUAUAAAGAAAACAAAAAUAUCCUGCCAGCUUGACCUGCUUUUUGAAAAGGUGUAAAUCAGACUGCUCUGAAAUCUCAGAAGGUUUUCAGU